AUUAGACAACUAUUUGGAGACCAAAGCCAUGACUGGAGAAGACGUGGAGAUGAAGAAAACGAUGGGAAGCCUAACGAUGGAUGUGAUCGCUUCGUGUGCUUUCGGCACCAAAAUAGACACAUAUAAUGACCACAAGACCAGUGAAUUCAUAGUAAACGCUAAGAAAGUAUUUCACGGAAGCCCUUGGAGGAUCUGGUUGUUCGGGAUAUUAGUCAAUAUAUCUCCUAAACUCCUAAAGUGGACGGGAUUUCAAUUCAUGGACCCAUCGGUUGAAAAGUUCUUCACACCAGCGAUUACGGCUAUUCUGGCGAAACGUAAGUCAGAGAAAGUGCGACAAAGAGAUUAUCUUCAGCUCAUGAUUGACGCCCAGAACCGCAUGAAUAUAGACAACGAGGAACUGGAUGUCGACGACUUGGAUGAAGAGAUUUAUGGGAAGACUGAGUCAACAGAUUCUAUGAAUAAUAAUCAAAAUAAAUCAAAUAUAUCAAAGAGC